AUGGGGGAUGUCUUCAUCCGGCACAUCGAACUGCUGGGCUACGAGAAAAGGUUUUUCCCCAGCCAGCACUAUGUCUACAUGUUCCUGGUGAAGUGGAAUGACCUCUCUGAAAAGGUUGUCUACCGCCGGUUUACCGAGAUAUACGAGUUCCACAAAGCACUGAAGGAGAUGUUCCCCAUUGAAGCCGGGGACAUCAACGUAGAGAGCCGGAUCAUCCCACACUUGCCAGCCCCAAAGUGGUUUGAUGGGCAGCGCUCAACCCAGAACAGGCAGAGCACACUGGCUGAAUACUGUUACACCCUGGUCAGCCUGCCCCACAAGAUCUCCCGGUGCCUGCAUGUGGUCAGCUUCUUCAAGGUCCGUCACGAUGACAUGAACCCUGUCACAGAGAGCCAGACCAAGAAGCCUGAGGUCUUCCUCCUGCCGAAGGAUUCCAAGAAAAGCCUCACUGACAUCACAGGCCCCAUCGUCCUGCAAACUUACCGAGCCAUCGCCGACUAUGAGAAGAGCUCCACAUCCGAGAUGGCACUAAAAGCUGGGGACAUGGUGGAUGUUGUGGAGAAGAGUGAGAAUGGCUGGUGGUUUUGCCAGUUGAAGAAUAAACGGGGCUGGGUGCCUGCUGCCUAUCUGGAGCCGAUGGAUGGUCCUGAUGAGUCUGAAGAGCAGGAGCCCAACUAUGCAGGUGAACCAUAUGUGGUCCAGAAAAGCUACACAGCUGUGGAAGAGGAUGAGCUAACCUUGAAGGAGGGUGAUACCAUCGAAGUCAUCCACAAGCUCCUUGAUGGCUGGUGGGUCAUCAGGAAGGAUAAAACCACGGGUUAUUACCCCUCCAUGUACCUGCAGAAAACCGGGGAAGUGAACACUUCUGCAAAGAGUGAGCUGAGGAACUGGCGUGCUCCUCCACGAAGAUCCACCAUCAGAAACGCAAAGAGCAUCCACAAGCAGGGCCGGAAGCAGAUCAGCCAGGAGACCUACAGGAGGAACAGCAAGAAGUACAUCCAGAGACAGCGGAAUAUGCAGGGGAAUUCCCUGAACAAGGCCAAUGUCAUCAUUGAGAAAAAUGAGCCAGAAGAGAACAAGCCCAAGGCUCAACCUGCU